AUGUCAAAUAAUGAAGAAAAUAUUUCACUAAUAAACUGCAAAGAAAAAUAUUUCGAUAGUGAAAUUCCAAAGAAUUAUACUAUUGAAGAUGUUGUUAAAAUAGAAGAUAAUGAAGCUAAUAUACAUGAGAAGAGGAAGAGUUCUUUUAACCAAACGAAGAUUAUGGAAAAUGAAGUGGAACUAAACUUUACACCCAGAAGUAGAGAAGGGAAUUGUAUAUUAUGUUGCGAUUAUCAAAGUCCGAUAUGCUCUAAUUGUGAAACCAAUCAAAAUAAGCUGCAAUGUAGAUUAAAUUUAAAGAAUAAUUCACAGUUUGAGUAUGAAAAAAUUAUACCAAAUGGUAAAGUAAAAGCUUUAGCAAAGCAGUUUGAGGAAAUAAUCCCUGAUGGGAAAUUAAAUAUUGCUGAAUAUAAUAACUUAGUAAUAAAUGAACACUUCCAAUUCAAUAAAAUAAGUGAUAAUAUAAAUAGUACUAGUAUUUGUGAGUUGUGUGAAUCUGACUUUGAUAUUAAAAGCCUUUACUUACAGAGUCCUAGUAAUAGUUAUUUAAAAUCAAUAAAAUCACCUAAUAAGCUGAAAAAUCAGCUAACUCGACUAAAAAAUCCUGAUUUAUGUGAAUCUAUAGAUCCAAUAGAAGCAUUGGUAUUAUCUCAAAAGGUAAAUGUAACUUUAGACAGAAAUAUGGUUGAUAUGUAUAGGAAAGAAAGUGAUAGCCCUACAUUAUCUUAUAGUCUAAGAUCAUUAUUAUCUACAUCAGGAGCAAAAAUUUGUGAAGUAAUUGCUGAAGUUAAUGAGGAACCAAAUAAAAUACCUGAUAGAUUUGAAGAUUUAAACCCAUUAGAGCAAAGAGCUCUGUUGAUAACAUGGAUAACAAGUAGUUUAGGGACAAAUAAAAUUACACAUUCUCCAUCAAAAGUUAGAGAGAUGAUGAGUAUACUUAAGGAAAUAGUUGAAGAUUUAGAAGAUCCUGAUACAAACUUUGCACUCAUAAAUUCGAGUACAAAUGGCCAUUUAACAUCUCCUAACUUCAAUGAUAAAAGUAAUUUAUGUGAUCAUUUAAGACUUCACAAUAAUAAUAAGAAUUACCAAUUACGACACAUAUAUGUAGAAACUAUACCAGAAGAUGAAGAACUUGUAGAGAAUAUAAAUGUAUGUGACACAAAAUCUACUGAAUUAUCUAAAAUACAAAUUUCAUUGCAUGAUUAUGCAGAGUCAGUGAUAGCUGAAACUGAUGGUUUAAGUCCAAAGUCGGAUAUCAGUUUGACUAAUGCUACAUACUAUGAUAUUAUAUGCAAGAACUCACAUGACAUUAUAAAUAAUAUAGGUAUUGAUUUUCUAGGGCUUCGAUCUGAUACUGAAGAAGAUACUACUACAUGCAAACAUAUAAAUGAGAAAUCAAGUCACUUUACAUUUCCGAGUAAUAAUGGAACUCCUAGAAACAUUACUAUUUUUAGCAAAGAUAUUGAGUUCAUUUCUACAAGUGCAAUUUCGUCCCUUUCAUAUGCUUCAAGUUGGAAUUUUCUAAUGGGAGAUAAGUGA